AUAAAGCCUGGUAAAUUUGACCAGGCUGAAGACAGGAAGUGAGGCACAAUACGGCCCUGAGAUUUUUCCCUCAUGAUGGGGAAAGUCAGACUUCCUCAUUCAGGUUUCACACUAUUUCUCCUUGUCCUGUUUUCUACCAAUGCCUCAAACUCUGCAGAACCACAGUAUAUGGUGCUCGUCCCCUCUCUGCUCCACACUGGGACCCCUGAGAAAGGCUGCCUCCUUCUAAGCCACCUGAAUGAGACAGUGACUGUAAGUGCUUCUCUGGAGUCUCCCAGGGAGAACAGGAGACUCUUCACUGACCUGGUGGCAGAGAAGGACUUAUUCCGCUGUGUCUCCUUCACGCUCCCAAGAAUCUCACCCUCUUCAGAGGUGGCUUUCUUCACUGUCCACAUAAAGGGACAAACACAAGACUUCAGGAAGAGGAGCAGAGUGCUGGUAAAGAAUGAUCAAAGUCUCGUCUUUGUCCAGACAGACAAACCCAUCUAUAAACCAGGACAGACAGUAAAAUUCCGCAUUGUCUCUGUGGAUGAAAAUUUUCACCCCCUAAAUGAACGGAUUCCACUGGUAUACCUUGAGAACCCCAAAAGGAAUCGAAUUGGACAAUGGCAGAAUCUCAAGUUAGAAAGUGGCCUCAAACAGUUAGCCUUUCCCCUCUCAUCAGAGCUGAUUCAGGGCUCCUACAAGGUGGUGGUAGAGAAGGAAUCAGGCGGAAAUAUACAGCACCCCUUCACCGUGGAGGAAUUUGUGGUUCCCAAGUUUGAGGUCAAAGUUCAAGUCCCAAAGAUAAUCAGUAUCCUGGAUGAAAAAAUGGACAUAUCAGUAUGUGGAAUAUACACCUAUGGGAAACCUGUGCCAGGACGUGCAACCGUGCGCAUGUGCCGAAAAUUAUUUCAUUCUUUUUAUUGUCCAAAGAAAGAGUUCUGUGAGGAAUUCAGUCACCAGCUCAACAGCAAUGGCUGCAUCACCCAACAAGUAAACACAAACUCGUUCCAACUUAAGAAUGCGGGUUAUGAAAUGGAACUUACAGUGGAAGCCACGAUUAGAGAAGAGGGAACAGACCUAGAGUUCACUGGAAGUGGGACCAGUAAAAUCACAAACGUUGUAACCAGAGUCGAGUUUGUGAAAGUGGAUUCACACUUUCGAAGAGGAAUACCCUUCUUUGGUCAGGUGCUCCUGGUAGAUGGGAAAAAUGUGCCCAUUCCCAAUAAACUCGUUUUCAUCUCCGCACUUGAAGCCAAUUAUCUUUUCAAUGCAACUACCAAUGAGCAGGGUCUUGCACAGUUUUCAAUCGAUACUACCAAUAUGUUGACUAACCACCUUUUUAUUACAGCCUACCAUGAGAAAGGUGACAUGUGUUACAGGAUUGCGUUUCUGCAAGAAGAACACCGGGCUGCUCAGCACACUGCAAGACAUGUUUUCUCCUUAAGUGGAAGUUUCAUUGACUUGGAGCCUGUGGUUGGUACCCUGCCCUGUGACCAAACACAGACUAUCAGGGCACACUAUAUACUCAAGGUGCCAGCCCCUGGGGAACUGAAGGAGUUCGUUUUCUAUUACCUGAUCAUGGCUAAGGGAGGCAUCGUCAGAUCAGGAACACAUGCUCUGCCUGUAGAGCCAGGAGACAUGAAAGGCAGCUUUUCCUUAGACUUCCCUGUGAAGUCAGACAUUGCUCCCAUUGCACGAUUGUUCAUCUUUACCAUUUUCCCAAAUGGAGAAGUUAUUGGAGAUUCACAGAGUUUUGAGAUUGAAAACUGUCUAGCCAACAAGGUGGAUUUGAGCUUCAACCCAGCAGUAAGUCUUCCAGCCUCGCAGGCCCACCUGCGAGUCACAGCUUCUCCUCAGUCGCUCUGUGCCCUCCGCGCAGUGGACCAAAGCGUGCACCUCCUGAGGUCUGAGGCAGAGCUCUCCCCGUCCUCGGUAUAUAAUCUGCUACCUGUAAAGGAUCUCACUUAUUUCCCUCAAAAUUUGGACCAGGAGGAGGAAGAACAAGCAAACUGUCGUUAUACUCGUUCUACUCCUCCUAUUGGUGGAAGCUUCUCUAUUCCCUCAGUUAAUUACUAUAUUAAUUAUGAUGAAGAAGAAGAUAUGUAUAGCUUCUUAAAGGGUAUGGGAUUAAAGGUACUCACCAACUCUAAAAUACAAAAACAGAGGUCAUGUACAAUGAGACAUGUACUAGCUGCUGCACCACCACCAGGAAUGCCUGGACCAUAUGGAGGUUUGGGAGGUGUAGGGAUGCUGUAUAGUCCUCCAAUUGGUGCAGCUGCUGCAAUACCUGCAAAUAAUAUGCCAAGUCCAGAGCCAGUCUCUGAAACAGUGCGGAGUUAUUUCCCUGAGACCUGGAUCUGGGAGCUGGCAAUGGUGGACUCAUCGGGCGUGGCCGAAGUAGGAGUAACAGUCCCUGAUACCAUCACUGAGUGGAAGGCAGGAGCCUUCUGCCUGUCCAAUGACACUGGACUUGGUUUCUCUCUUCCCACCACUCUCCGAGCCUUCCAGCCCUUCUUUGUGGAACUCACAAUGCCCUACUCUGUGAUUCGUGGAGAGGCCUUCACACUCAAGGCUACUGUCCUAAACUACCUUCCCAAUUGCAUCCGGGUCAGUGUGCAACUGCAAGCCUCUCCAGCCUUCCUGGCAGCCCAAAACGAAAAGGGGAAAGAAUCCUACUGCAUCUGUGUAAAUGAGCGGCAAACCUUGUCUUGGGCAAUAACUCCCAAAACUCUGGGGAAUAUGAACUUCUCGGUGAGCGCCCAGGCAGUGAAGUCCCUAGAGCUUUGUGGAAAUAAGGUUGCUGAGGUCCCUGAGAUUGGGAGGAAAGACACGGUCAUCAAAACCCUAUUGGUGGAACCUGAAGGUAUUGAGCAAGAAAAGACUUUCAAUUCUAUGGCCUGUACCUCAGGUACUGAAAUAUCUGAGCAAUUAUCCCUGAAGCUCCCACCAAAUGUGGUCAAAGAAUCUGCCAGAGCCUCUUUCUCAGUUUUGGGUGACAUACUAGGUUCUGCUAUGCAAAAUACACAGAAUCUCCUCCAGAUGCCCUAUGGCUGCGGAGAACAAAACAUGGUCCUUUUUGCUCCUAACAUCUAUGUCUUGAACUAUCUGAGUGAAACCCAACAGUUGACUUCAGAGAUCAAGUCUAAGGCCAUUGCCUUUCUCGUCAGUGGUUACCAGAGGCAGCUGAACUACAAACAUCAAGAUGGUUCCUAUAGCGCCUUCGGGGAUCAGUCUGGCAGAAAUGAGGGCAACACUUGGCUCACAGCCUUUGUACUGCAGACCUUUGCCCAGGCUAAAAGCUACAUCUUCAUUGAUGAAGCACACAUUACCCAAGCCCUCGUGUGGCUCUCCCAGAGGCAAAAGGAGAAUGGCUGUUUCAGAAACUCUGGGUCACUGCUCAACAAUGCCAUUAAGGGAGGAGUGGAAGACGAAGUGACCCUCUCUGUCUACAUCACUAUUGCUCUUCUGGAGAGUGGUCUUCCAGUCACUAACUCUGUUGUUCAAAUGGCCCUACUCUGCCUGGAGUCUGCCUGGAAUACAGCAAAGGAGGGGCCCCGUGGAAGCCAUAUCUACACCAAGGCAUUGUUGGCCUACGCUUUUGCCCUAGCAGGAAACCAAAAUAGGAGGGGAGAAAUACUGAACUCUCUGGAUGAAGAAGCUGUGAAAGAAGACAACACCGUCCACUGGGAACGACCUCAAAAAAACAGGGCACCAGAAGGGUAUUUUUACCAACCCCAGGCUCCCUCUGCUGAGGUGGAGAUGACAUCCUAUGUGCUCCUGGCAUACCUCACUGCCCAGCCUGCCCCAAGCUUAGAGGACCUGACUUCUGCAUUGCACAUUGUGAAGUGGAUCAUAAAGCAACAGAAUUCCUAUGGGGGUUUCUCCUCCACCCAGGACACAGUGAUAGCUCUCCAUGCCCUGUCUAAAUAUGGAGCAGCCACUUUCAUCAGGACUCAGAAAACUGCACAAGUGACCAUUCGUGAUUCAAAAACCUUUUCCACAAAAUUCCAAGUGGAUAGCAACAACCUCCUGUUACUGCAGCAGGUCUCAUUGCCAGAGCUGCCUGGGGAAUACACCAUAACAGUGACUGGGGAAAGAUGUGUGUAUCUUCAGACAUCCAUGAAAUAUAAUAUCCUUCCAGAAAAGGAGGAUUCCCCAUUUGCCUUGGAGGUACAAACUCUGCCCCAAACUUGUGAUGGACCCAAAGCCCAUACCAGCUUCCAGAUCUCAGUGAAUGUCAGUUACAGAGGGAGCCGCCCUGUCUCCAAUAUGGUGAUUGUUGAUGUGAAAAUGGUAUCUGGUUUUAUUCCCUUGAAACCAACAGUAAAAAUGCUUGAAAGAUCUAACCAUGUGAGCAGGACAGAAGUGAGCAAUAACCAUGUCAUCAUUUAUGUGGAACAGGUGACAGCUCAGACACUAAGCUUUUCUUUCACGGUUCUGCAAGACAUCCCAGUAAGAGACCUAAAGCCAGCGAUUGUUAAAGUCUAUGAUUACUAUGAGACACAUGAGUCCGCUAUUGCUGAGUACACUGCCCCCUGCAGCAUAGAUGCAGAGCAAGACAAUGUUUGAGGACCACAUUUAGACUACAUCCUUUGCUGGAUUCCCUGUCCUGUACUUGAAUUUAGAAAGAAUUGGGUUGUUUAUCUCUGUAAAACAGACAUCAAAAAGGCUUGUUGAAUAAAUAUAUACUUCUAAUCAAGCUAUU